GUUUAAUUAACACAACACAAUCAUUUUAAGCAGGGGAACCAAUUCGAGAACAUUCAAUAAUAAAAUCUGUCUCUCUUCUUGAUAGGGAAUAUAAAUCAUAUCUUAUCUUAUAAAAAAAAAAUCUCUCUUAUAAGAGAUAUAUUAUUGAUAGUUAUCAAGUGGAGUAAUCAAUGAUUCAAUGAAAAGGGGUUUACAGUGUGCAUAAGUAAGUAAAUAGGAUUCUAUUAAAAUGGCCCAAGUUAUACAAAUGACUACCGAACAAUUGCAACAAUUGAUCGAGUCCGUGCGCACUUCUAAUCCUACAGCAUCUGCCGGUUUAACGGUAUCUACUCAAUCUAAAGGUAGCUUCAGUAACUGUACAGCCUCUUUUGAUGGUCAACGUGAUCAUGAAGCCGUUGAGGAAUUUAUUACUUCGAUUGUUACGUAUAAAGAAGUUGAAUCGAUUAGCGAUGAAGAUGCUUUGAAAGGUGUACCUUUAUUAUUCUACGGCUUGGCAUCGACUUGGUGGCAGGGAAUUCGAAAAGAGGCUAAAACUUGGAAUGAUGUUUUAUCACUGAUACGCGAACAUUUCUCUCCCACCAAGCCGGCUUAUCAGGUUUAUAUGGAAAUUUUUGAAAAGAAACAAGACGAUAAAGCCGCUAUCGAUACUUUUGUGUGCCAGAAACGUGCUCUGCUGGCGCAGCUACCAGACGAUCGUCAUGAUGAGGAGACUGAAUUGGACUUUAUUUACGGUCUUGUUAAUAUUAAAUAUCGUAAACAUAUUGCACGCCACGAUAUCAAGAACUUUAAAGACUUACUGGAAAAGGGGCGCAUUAUAGAGCAUAAUAAUUUGGAAAGCGAAGCGAACGGUGGUGGUUACGUAAAAGGUGCAAAACGCACAACAAUACGUUGCACAUAUUGUAAUUUUCGCGGUCAUAAUCAAUAUCAAUGUCGAAAACGGAAGAGAGAAGAAAAUACUACUGAAGACUACGCAGUUCCUAAGAAAAGACAUUACACGGGAACAACAAAAACAACUUCAGUAUAAUAACGUUAUUUUAAAUGAGCGAUGAUGUUUUACGUCAUCUCUACUUCUCUCCUCCCCAAGAUGACAAGAACAGUUAGUUUUACUAGGUUAAGAAGAUUUGUUCGCACUUUACUGCAAUUUGUUAGAGGAAACAUUUUCAGUUCGAGGAGAAAUUUUUCAAGUUUUUUGUAUUGAAAUUUCUCUUGAAUGGUAAAGAGCGAAUACCUAUAGUGAACACAUUUGAUAUUUCGACUCUUUGAAGAAAACUUAGCUAUUGAAUGAGUUACAAGCAAAGCGAGGGACGAUGAAUGCAAUGAAAGUAUAAUGUGUUUGCCUUAAUGCUACUAUUAGAAGAAUUAUUCAUUUUCUUUUGUCAUUGUUCGCAUUUUAUGCACUACACUUUUCCUUUUAUUAAAGAAUUGUAGGCGACAUAGUUACAUACGUGCAUAGGCCUCGGUUUCGUUAUAUUUAUUUAUUAUUAAGAAUUUAUUCGAUAUAAACUAAGCCUUUCAUUAAG